UACCCAGCAUACUCUGCUUCGCUCCUGGGUAUUUUUGCCCCUUUCGCGGCGUGGGACGCGGUAGUGGCUAGUUGAGUGUCAGGCCUGGGGCUCUCUGUGUCCUUCCCUGGGUCAGGGACGAGGCAGUGACUUGGCUCCUGGGCGCUGAGCCCAGCGGCGAUCGCGGGAGGCCGCCGUCACUCCCGCGAGUUCUCGUCCCCCUUCACUUCUCUCCUGCUCCUAGCACAGCGCGAGGACGGCCCGGGACUGACGGCCCGGUGUACGGGUGACCGUCGCGGCUGCUGGGGCGGAGGCCAGGCUGCCGCCCCCAGGCUGCGGGAGCGCUGGAACCGAGGACGAGGAACAGCAGGGAAGAUGGCGUCAGAGCUGGAGCCCGAGGUGCAGGGCCUCGAUCGCACUUUUCUGGAAUGUUCGGCCGAGGAGACGGCGGGGAAAUGGCUGCAAGCAACUGACCUCACUAGAGAAGUAUAUCAGCAUCUAGCCCACUAUGUACCCAGAAUCUACUGUAGGGGUCCCAACCCUUUCCCACAGAAAGAGGACAUGCUGGCCCAGCAUGUUUUGUUGGGGCCAAUGGAGUGGUACCUUUGUGGUGAAGAUCCUGAAUUUGGAUUUCCAAAACUUGAACAAGCGAACAAACCUUCUCAUCUUUGUGGUCGUGUUUUUAAAGUAGGAGAGCCUACAUACUCAUGCAGAGACUGUGCAGUUGACCCGACUUGUGUUUUAUGCAUGGAGUGCUUUUUGGGAAGUAUUCACAGAGACCAUCGAUACAGGAUGACGACUUCAGGAGGUGGCGGUUUCUGUGACUGUGGUGACACCGAAGCAUGGAAAGAGGGUCCUUACUGUCAAAAACAUGAACUUAACACCUCUGAAAUUGAAGAAGAGGAGGACCCACUUGUGCGUUUAUCUGAAGAUGUGAUAGCAAGAACUUACAACAUUUUUGCUAUUAUGUUUCGGUACGCAGUAGAGAUACUAACCUGGGAGAAAGAAAAUGAAUUGCCAGCAGAUUUGAAGAUGGUAGAGAAGAGCGACACUUACUAUUGCAUGUUGUUUAAUGAUGAGGUUCACACCUAUGAACAAGUUAUUUAUACUCUUCAGAAAGCUGUGAACUGUACACAAAAGGAAGCCAUUGGUUUUGCAACUACAGUAGAUCGGGAUGGACGUAGAUCUGUUCGGUAUGGAGACUUCCAGUAUUGUGAACAAGCAAAAUCAGUGAUUGUGAGAAAUACCAGUAGACAGACAAAGCCACUCAAAGUUCAAGUUAUGCAUUCAUCUCUUGUUGCACAUCAGAAUUUUGGUCUGAAGCUUUUGUCUUGGCUGGGAAGUAUCAUUGGAUAUUCAGAUGGUCUUCGUCGGAUUUUGUGUCAAGUUGGAUUACAAGAAGGGCCAGAUGGUGAAAACUCUUCUCUGGUGGAUAGAUUGAUGCUUAGUGAUUCUAAAUUAUGGAAAGGGGCUAGGAGUGUAUAUCAUCAGUUGUUCAUGAGCAGCCUCCUUAUGGACUUGAAAUACAAGAAACUAUUUGCUGUCCGAUUUGCCAAAAAUUACCAGCAGCUGCAGAGAGAUUUUAUGGAUGAUGAUCACGAGCGAGCAGUGUCGGUGACUGCUCUGUCUGUCCAGCUCUUCACUGCGCCGACGCUGGCUCGAAUGCUCAUCACAGAGGAAAACCUGAUGACCAUUAUCAUUAAGACUUUCAUGGAUCAUUUGAGACAUCGAGAUGGCCAGGGCAGAUUUCAGUUUGAACGAUAUACUGCUUUACAAGCCUUCAAGUUCCGGAGAGUUCAGAGCCUUAUUUUAGACCUCAAGUACGUGUUGAUUAGCAGACCAGCUGUGUGGUCAGACGAGCUGCGGCACAAGUUCCUAGAGGGGUUUGAUGCCUUUUUGGAAUUACUGAAAUGCAUGCAGGGAAUGGAUCCAAUCACACGACAAGUAGGACAGCAUAUUGAAAUGGAGCCAGAGUGGGAAGCAGCCUUCACACUACAAAUGAAACUAACACACAUCAUCUCUAUGGUGCAGGACUGGUGUGCUUCAGAUGAAAAAGUGUUAAUUGAAGCUUACAAGAAAUGCCUCGGUGUAUUGAUGCAAUGUCAUGGUGGUUUUACUGAUGGUGAACAGCCAAUCACACUAAGUAUUUGUGGACACUCAGUGGAAACUAUCAGAUACUGCGUUUCCCAAGAAAAAGUUAGCAUUCACCUCCCAGUUUCUCGCUUGCUUGCAGGUUUACACGUAUUAUUAAGCAGAAGUGAAGUGGCAUAUAAAUUUCCAGAGCUCCUACCUCUAAGUGAACUUAGUCCACCCAUGUUAAUAGAACACCCUCUGAGGUGUCUUGUUUUAUGUGCCCAAGUACACGCUGGAAUGUGGAGGAGAAAUGGGUUCUCACUAGUAAAUCAGAUUUAUUACUACCAUAAUGUGAAAUGCAGACGUGAGAUGUUUGACAAGGAUAUCAUGAUGCUUCAGACAGGUGUCUCCAUGAUGGAUCCAAAUCAUUUCCUGAUGAUAAUGCUCAGCCGCUUUGAACUUUAUCAGAUUUUCAGUACACCAGAUUAUGGGAAAAGAUUCAGUUCCGAGAUCACCCAUAAGGAUGUUAUUCAGCAGAACAAUACUCUAAUAGAAGAAAUGCUAUACCUCAUUAUAAUGCUUGUUGGUGAAAGAUUUAUUCCUGGGGUUGGACAGGUGAAUGCUACAGAAGAAAUUAAGCGGGAGAUUAUCCAUCAAUUGAGCAUCAAGCCUAUGGCUCACAGUGAAUUGGUGAAGUCUUUACCUGAAGAUGAGAACAAGGAGACUGGCAUGGAGAAUGUCAUUGAAACAGUUGCCCAUUUCAAGAAACCUGGAUUAACAGGACGAGGCAUGUACGAACUGAAACCAGAAUGUGCCAAAGAGUUCAACUUGUAUUUCUAUCACUUCUCAAGGGCAGAGCAGUCCAAGGCAGAAGAAGCUCAAAGGAAAUUGAGAAGACAAAAUAGAGAAGAUACAGCACUUCCACCUCCGGUUUUGCCUCCUUUCUGCCCUCUGUUUGCAAGUCUGGUUAACAUUUUGCAGUCAGACGUCAUGUUGUGCAUCAUGGGAACAAUACUGCAGUGGGCUGUAGAACAUAACGGAUAUGCCUGGUCAGAGUCUAUGCUGCAAAGGGUAUUACAUUUAAUUGGAAUGGCACUACAAGAAGAAAAACAACAUUUAGAGAAUGCCAUGGAAGAGCAUGUAGUAACAUUUACCUUCACUCAGAAGAUUUCAAAGCCUGGGGAAGCACCGAACAACUCUCCAAGCAUUCUAGCCAUGUUGGAGACGCUACAGAACGCUCCCUACCUAGAGGUCCACAAAGACAUGAUUCGGUGGAUAUUAAAGACUUUUAAUGCUAUUAAGAAGAUAAGAGAGAGUUCACCUACCAGUCCUGUGGCAGAAACAGAAGGAACCAUAAUGGAAGAGAGUUCAAGAGACAAAGACAAAGCUGAGAGGAAGAGAAAAGCUGAAAUUGCCAGGCUACGAAGAGAAAAGAUCAUGGCCCAGAUGUCUGAGAUGCAGCGGCACUUUAUCGAUGAGAACAAAGAGCUCUUUCAGCAGACACUAGAGCUGGAUGGCUCUUCCUCAGCUGUUCUUGACAGCGGCCCUGUGGUUUCAGGUACGACCUUUACAGCCCUGGGCCCAGCACAAACGCAGGUCUCUGAACACAGACAGUUUGUCACCUGUAUAUUAUGUCAAGAGGAGCAAGAAGUUAAAGUGGAAAGUAAAGCCAUGGUCUUGGCAGCAUUUGUCCAGAGAUCAACUGUACUAUCAAAAAACAGAAGUAAAUUCAUCCAGGAUCCAGAAAAAUAUGAUCCAUUGUUCAUGCACCCUGAUCUGUCUUGCGGGACACACACUGGUAGCUGUGGGCACAUUAUGCAUGCCCAUUGUUGGCAAAGGUAUUUUGAUUCCGUUCAAAAUAAAGAGCAGAGAAGGCAACAAAGAUUACGCUUACAUAUGAGCUAUGAUGUAGAGAAUGGAGAGUUCCUCUGCCCGCUGUGUGAAUGCUUGAGUAAUACUGUUAUUCCUCUGCUGCUUCCUCCAAGAAAUAUUUUUAGCAGCAGGUUAAAUUUUUCAGACCAACCAAAUCUGACCCAGUGGAUUAGAAUAAUAUCUCAGCAGAUAAAAGCAUUACAGAGUCUUAGGAAAGAAGAAAAUGCUUCCAUUCCUGCCUCUUCAGAGAAUUCAAAGAACAUGGAAGAAGUAGAGCUCCCUCAAGGUUUCAGGCCUGAUUUUCAUCCUCAGAACCCUUAUUCUGAGAACAUAAAGGAAAUGUUGACAACAUUUGGAACUGCUACCUACAAGGUGGGACUAAAAGUUCACCCCAACGAAGAGGAUCCCCGUGUGCCCAUAAUGUGUUGGGGUAGCUGUGCGUACACCAUCCAGAGCAUAGAAAGAAUUCUGAGUGAUGAAGAUAAACCGUUAUUUGGUCCUUUGCCUUGUAGGCUGGAUGACUGUCUUAGGUCACUGACAAGAUUUGCAGCAGCACAUUGGACGGUGGCAUCACUUCUGGUGGUACAAAGACAUUUUUGUAAACUUUUUGCAUCAUUGGUGCCUAAUGACAGCCAUGAUGAUGUUCCAUGCAUACUGGAUAUUGACAUGUUUCAUUUGUUGGUGAGCUUGGUGCUCGCUUUCCCCGCCCUGCAGUGUCAGGACUUUUCAGGGAUCAGCCUUGGCACUGGAGACCUUCACAUCUUCCACCUGGUCACCAUGGCGCACAUCGUGCAGAUCCUCCUGACAUCGUGCACAGAAGAGAAUGGCAUGGAUCAAGAAAACCUCACAGGUGAAGAAGAGUUAGCAACGCUUACUUUGUAUAAAAUACUUCAUCAGUGUACAGGAAGUGCCUUGAAAGAAAUCCCCUCUGGCUGGCACCUGUGGAGGAGUGUCAGAGCUGGCAUCAUGCCUUUCCUGAAGUGCUCGGCUUUGUUUUUUCAUUACCUAAAUGGAGUUCCGGCCCCAUCUGACAUUCAAGUUUCAGGAGCAAGCCAUUUUGAACAUUUAUGUAACUAUCUUUCCCUACCAACCAACCUCAUUUGCCUUUUUCAAGAAAAUAGUGAGAUAAUGAAUUCGCUGAUUGAAAGUUGGUGUCGUAACAAUGAAGUUAAGCAAUAUCUAGAAGGAGAAAGAGAUGCAGUAAGCUAUCCGCGAGAAUCUAACAAAUUAAUAGACCUUCCAGAGGAUUACAGCAGCCUCAUUAAUCAAGCAUCCAAUUUCUCGUGCCCCAAAUCAGGGGGUGAUAAGAGCAGAGCCCCGACGCUGUGCCUUGUGUGCGGAACGCUGCUGUGCUCACAGAGCUACUGCUGCCAGACGGAGCUCGAAGGGGAGGAUGUCGGUGCCUGCACUGCGCACACCUACUCCUGUGGCUCGGGUGCCGGCAUCUUCCUGAGAGUACGCGAAUGUCAGGUGCUAUUUUUAGCCGGCAAAACCAAAGGCUGUUUUUAUUCUCCUCCUUACCUUGACGACUAUGGGGAGACCGACCAGGGACUCAGGCGGGGAAACCCUUUGCAUUUGUGCAGAGACCGAUUUAAGAAGAUCCAGAAGCUCUGGCACCAGCACAGCAUCACAGAGGAGAUCGGGCACGCACAGGAGGCGAACCAGACGCUGGUUGGCAUUGACUGGCAGCAUCUAUAAUCGCUUCACCGCCAAAAAUAUGAACUUGGAGUUUUGUAACCUGGUUGGCUUUUAGAGGAAGAAAGUGGGUGGAAAGUAGUUUUGCUGAAUUUUGAAAUAAAUUCUUUAUUUAAAUUUUCCUUCCCAGUUUUAUUUUUGUAGUUUCGGGCUCCAGGGACUGAUGAAAAUCCUCUCCCACCGCAGAUUUUCUCACACCGUUGCUGAGUCCCUCAUAUGUCACGAGUCAGGUCUGAGGAUCCCCCCCCGGACCUGCCUCCCUGGGCUGUGACCCUGGGUCCCUGGAGCCCACAGGCUGGCACUGAGCCAGGGGAGGCAGGAGCAGUGUCUGCGAUCCGCCAGGGCCACACUUCCUGGCUGCUCUCCAUGACCUAGCCUGGGGACCAGGUGGGUGUCCCCUGCUGCCCAGAGUCCACCUCUGAGAACAGAGUUUCUGAGGCGGGGAGCGCCUGUGCGGGAAGAGCCUGGAGGCAGCCGUGCUUUCCUGGGGCACCCCCUGCCUUUGCACAGCACUAGAAGACUGAGUUCAGGGCUUUUGUGUUCUUCUAUUUUGGGCAGGACUUUCGCCUUUGAGAGAACUCACUUAAAGGGCUUUCUGAAAACUUAAAGACUCUCCUAUUUUUCAGGUAGUAAUAUUUCUCUGUUCUCCCCAAGGCUAGACUGAGAGUGUGUGCAUCUAGGGUCAGGCACUAGCAAAAAUGAGACAGUGAGAACUCAGCGCCGCAGGUACCACCCUGCCAGCAUUUCCGGGAGCAGAGGAAGGGCUUUGUGCCUCGGGAUCACUUAGGACAUGGGGACAGGCUGUACCAGACUUCCUGACCUUGUUAACCGUUACUGUUCUUACUAAGAGGUGUCCUCCUAGGGUGAUAGCCACUUGGUAAAAGAGCUUCGGACCCUGACAUGUCGCACAGCCACUUCCACUGCAUGUGUGUGGUCCAGGGCCUGAGUGCACACGCCAGGUGGCGGCAGGAAUCCUGCGCCUCUCGGUGGGACUGAGUCAAAUGCACAGCGGGAGGCUUGUGAGUGCUUUCACCAAUGCAGGUGACCCUCUGGCUCAGCUUCCAUCGAAUCUCUCUUCCACCUUGUUCCGCUCAGCUCUGCCUGCUCCACCUCGUUUCCAGGAGCCAGUCGCGACUCUGCAAGAUCACGUGUGACAAGCCCCCUCUUAAAAGGAUGGCCUUAAUUAAAGUAACCCUUUGCUUUGGACUGGCUCACAAAGCUAAUAGGACAUCCAACAGGAAGAAACCAGGUUAGAAUCCACACUCAUUCCCAAAUUUUUCUGGCUUUUUAAAAAUUUAUACAAUCCAAUUGGGCUGUGGAAAGAGUGACUGAUGUUUAUUUUGGCCUUUGAUAACACAGUUUCUUAGCUUUUGAGUUCAGCUUCUUUGGGCUUUUCUCCAUACAUUUACCAUGCUUAAAAUCAUGAGACCAGGUUUCUCCCUCUAAGUGGGUUAUAAGCAUUGUCACCAAAUCUAACUGCACCUGCCUUCGGGCCUGACCUCAGAGAGGCUUGUUAGUGGAAGGUGUCCCUGGAUUCCACUCCCCAAGGAAGUCAGAGUCUGGGAGAAGAUGAAAUUGUAACACACACAGCCUUUGAUUUCCUGAUGUUAAGUUAGCUGACUUCCCUACCUAAGGAAGCAUCUUAGUUUUGUGAUUCGUUCCGCAUGUUUUAUGUUUAUUGUAGAAAUGUUUAUAUAACAUGCUUUCCAUAUCAGGGAAAAUCAUAUCUGUUUAAUAAAUUGGCUAUAACUUUAAUAUCUGUGGACAACUUGGAAAUUUGGAAUGUAUCAUAUGUAAAAAGGUGGAAGAUACCCAAAUAAAUACUUUAGAUGUUGACAUUA